AUGCCAAUGAUUGAUGCAUUAAAAUUAAUUAUUCAACAAGAAGAUAAAUUAAUGAAACAAUCGUUUACUGCUGUUUAUCGAAUUUUACAUUUGAAUUAUCUAUUUCAUCAAUUAGAUCAAAAUAUAAUGAUUAGUCUCGUCAGAAAACGUUUUCUAUUGAUGUGUAUCGAAGCUCAAUGUUCGAAAACAAAACUUGGUUCAGAACAUUUAAUUAUCAUACGGCAACAGUUGUACGAUAUUAUAUUCGAUAUAUUUUGCGAUAUUCCACAACAAAAUUCUUUCCGAUCCGUGAACAUUGAUUAUGAACAAUUGAAAGAAUUUUUGAGUACAUUCUAUGAAAGUUUUAUUUCGACUAUGAAUAAACUCUCGAUGGAAAUUGAUGUUGAUCGUUCAAACAUAUUACCGAGUGAGAUUGUCUCGUUUGUACUUCACCUUCUUACAACAAUACCUAUUCAUGAUCGACGAAUGAAAUUGUACACAGAUUUUGCUUUAAAAUAUCGAGAAGUUUGUCAAAAUAUGCAAAUUCAAUGGUCUGAUUUAAUCAAAAUGGUUGAUAAAGACGUUUUUGAUAACUAUCAUUCCCCAUCAAAAAUACUUUUAGCUAGUUAUGCAAUUAAUCUCGGUCGUUUUUCUUGUCCAAGUAAAUUAUUUUUUUUUACCGAACCUCUUUGGAAUACGAACGUGAAUAAUCAACGUAUCAAUUUGACAACAUUGGGCAAUCAACUGAAAACAAAACUUGAUCAAAAAUUGACAGAAUGGUAUGGAAAUUCAACUCUAGUUUCAUCUAGUGCACAUACUAUUCUACAUAGUAUUGUUGCUAGUGUUGUCGAAGAACAUUACACAAAUACUGAAACAAUUACUGCUCAGAUGAUCAUGGAUUGUAUGGUAAAAAUUGGACAGACAGCGAACAGAAAAGACAACAUUUAUAGUGAAAAUGCUUUUCCUUUGGUCGUUUUGACUAUCGAAGAUUAUUUAAAAUUUCGUAAGAUAACAACAAAUAUGGCCAUCGUCGGUAAUAAUAUGAAAUCACGUUCUUAUGAGUAUAAAGUUCUCGCAGAAUUAUUGGCCAGUGGAAUGAAAUAUGAUGAGACAACAAGUGAAAUUGAUUUCGAUGAAUCUCGUUUGAAACUUCCACGUAUCAUCGAUCUAACAGAGAGUAAACUCGAUUUAAAUGAUUUGAAAAGAGAAGUACAAGAAUUGUACCGAAGAACAAAAGCCAUUAGCAACAGUCCUGUGACUCAAACAUAUCUCAAUAUUGAAAUAAAAGAUUUUGUCGAGUUUGGCUAUAAAAUGGAUGCCCAAACUCUACUACCCAUAUGGGAACUUGAACAAAAAAAUAUUCUUUCAUCAAUCGUAACCGAUAUUGGUCAAAUCGAUCAACCGAUCAAAUUUACUUAA